AUGUUUGCAGUGGCUAAAUCCCAUGCAAAGCCAAGAUGCAUACAGAGGCUUGUUAGCACUGCCAGCGCACAUGGUUCUCUUUCAUUUUCAACAUCCUUCGGGGUUUCGAGCGGGAGCGGAUGUAGGGAUCGACAAGGGGCGGGGGAGGGUGUUGGGUGCACAGCGAAGGCGCGUUCAGUGCAGAGAAGGAGGUAUACAAAUGCAGCUGCAGCUGCAGAUUCCACAUCUAAAUACGUCUUUUCUUCAACGUCCAAGGGUUCUUCCGCCUCCACUUCGACAUCAACCCCCGUAGACCUCGAAAGCAGACAAACAUUUGCGACGCAGAAACAGAAACAGAAGAAGCUCAAAGCCGACGUGUGUGCGCUCCUGCGGGACGUCGCACAGCCCGUGGCAGUCGUAACAUCUAUCAAAUCCCCUUCCCUCUCCUCCUCGCGUUCCGCAUCUGUCUCAGACGCUGACGAUCCAGAGCUAUCAUUGCGCAGCGCGGUGCUUCCAGAGUACCACGGUGCGACGCUCUCGUCGUUCACAUCGAUUGCAAUGGACCCAUACCCGCUCGUAGCGUUCGCGCUGCGUAUUCCGUCACGUAUGGCCAGUGCGCUGACAACUAUGGCAGAAGCUCAAGAAUCCUCCGGAGAAGGAGAAGAAGAACGCGCACAUAUGGUAAUCAACCUUCUCGCGGCGUCGCAGGCGCAGACGGCGUUUACGUUCUCGAGGCCGGAUUUACACCCCACGCCUUUCAGUAAUAGCGGGAGAUCAAAGCUGACGCGGUAUACGCUCAGCGCCGAUGGGCUGCCUGUUAUAGAUGGUUCUGUAGGCGCGCUGUCGUGCCGCCUCGUAGGUAGGCCAAUACCCCUAUACGACUUGAAUUACCUGGAGCAGAGGCAGCGAAAAGGAGAGGCGGUUAUGCCGCCGCUAAGGAGCGAGAAGGGCGAGGUUGCAUCAGAGUUGUUUAUUGCGCGGGUGGUGAGGGUGGAGCCGGUGCAGGGAGAGGGUGUGGUGGAUGCAGAGGCUGAAGCUGAAGCUGAAGAACGGCCACUGCCUCUGGUGUAUCAUCGGCGGAGCUAUACCACAUGUACACCAAAGUCUUGA